AUGUCUUCAAGAUUAUCGUCCAUCUCUAAGGAGCUUGUACAGAGCCAGUUGAACCUUGGCCCUCAGAGUGUCAUGGAAGCUCCUCUGGAGAAGAGGUCAACAGGCUGUCUACCACAGCUGGACCCACAGUUUGACAACUCUACACCGGACGUCAGUUUGUCCAUCUCUAAGGACAGUGUGGAGAGACUGGAACUGUUGAGCCUCAGCAGCCAAGAUACACAUUGCCUUAGCGUAGGCACGUGCAUCAUUAAGAGAGGAACUGUGGAUAGCCUGGAAAGGUGGAGCGAUGCCGAUUUAUCCAAUUCGGAUAGCUUCCGAGAGCAGUUCAGCUUUACACUUCCAGGUGAAGUGCCUGUUGAGCCAGUAGGGGCUUCAGCUUGCCUGAACCUGAAGACAGCAUCCAGAUUAGAUGACUCUACACCUAACGUCAUCUCUGAGGAGAGCAUAGAGAGACUGAAAUUGGAGGCUUCAGUUACAAAAAAGGGUACAGAAAAACGAAGGAAGAGGAGAGUAAUCCACUCUUUCUUCAAGAACGUGCGGAAGGCUAUGAAACAGCCUUUCCGCUGCCAGAACGUAGUGGAGCCUUUUGUGCCUCUGCCAGAACUGGAUGAUCCUGAGCUGUCACAUGUCCCAGAGUCCUCAGACUGCGUCCCAACUAAUGAAUCCAUUCGCUCUCGCUAUAUAGUGAAAAAGAUUAUUGGAGAAGGAGGCUAUGGCAAGGUGUAUGAGGGAAUCCGUAUUACUGAUGGCAAAAAGGUUGCCAUCAAACGUAUUCAAAAGACUAUACGGGAUCAGUAUCUUCAAACUGCUGGGCAUCCCAAACCUCUCAUUACCGAAGUUGCACUGAUGCUAAUGAUGAGGCAAGGACCCAUAAGCCCCCACGUCAUUCAACUAUAUGAGUGGUUUGAGCACCCUCAAAAAAUCACCCUCAUUAUGGAGUAUCCGGAUCCCUGCGAGAGCUUGUUGGACUUCAUCAACAAUAAUCCUAACAUGAAUGAGACAACAGCACGGCUCAUCAUGUGUCAGGCGGUGCAAGCAGUCCUGCACUGCAUUGAGUGCGGUGUUUUUCAUAACGAUAUUCAUCCAGAGAAUAUCCUGUUGAGAAAACACACUUUGGAGCUCAAGUUGAUAGACUUUGGCUGCGGUCAUCUACUUAGUAGUAAUGGCUAUGAUUGCAGGCAAUAUAGAGGAAUAAGGGCUUACUUCCCACCUGAACUCUUCACCUAUGGCAAGUUCCAUGCCGUCUCUACAAACGUCUGGGCUCUAGGAGUGUUGUUGUAUGAGAUGGUGAACACGUGUUCUCCAUUUCGCAAUAUAACGGAAAUCAUGCAGGCCAAAAUUAGGUUUGAAAACCCAGAUUUAUCUAAAGAAUGCCGUGAUCUGAUUGACCAGUGCCUAACACGUGAUCCAACCGAACGGCUGACACUUGAGCAGAUCUUGCAGCAUGACUGGUUUAAAACAGUGGCUCUAAAAUGAAGGGAGGAUUGAGUCAGAGGAUUGAAACAUCACUGGUUUCAGAGGCUUGGACACACACCUUUCAGUGAAAAAGCACUAUGGAUUCACAUAUGCUGAUGGAAUUUGGAAACUCAAGCCCUCACGUAAGCCCACUACAGCAGAACUAGAGAGCUCAAAGCACCACGUACUUCAGUGCCUGCCCUGUCCACAUCCUCACAGUCCCGUCUGAAAAUGAGCAUGGAAAUGAGAGCAUUAGUAG